GGUCACGUGACUAUUAGCGUGUGCCAUAAUAUCCAGCCGCUGGUGUUGAGUAAAUUUGAGUGCUCCACACACCAUCACUAGCUAACAGAUAAUAUUAAUACGAUGGAUUUCAACGUGAAGAAAUUAGCCUCCGGUGCAGGACUGUUCUUCACACGGGCUGUCCAGUUCACAGAAGAGAAACUGGGCCAAGCAGAGAAGACUGAGCUGGACGCUCACUUUGAGAACCUGAUGAGCCGUGCAGACUGCACCAAACACUGGACAGAGAAAAUCUUCAGACAGACUGAGGUCCUGCUGCAGCCCAACCCAAGUGCCAGAAUUGAAGAGUUUUUCUACGAAAAAUUGGACAUGAAGGCACCUUCCAGGGUUACCAAUGGAGAGCUGCUGGGCCAGUAUAUGGAGGAUGCAGCAAAAGAAUUUGGUUCUGAGACUCCAUAUGGGAACACUUUGAUCAAAGUGGGGGAAUGUGAGAGAAGAUUAGGAGCAGCAGAGAGGGAGUUCCUUCAGACGUCAGCCAUCAGCUUUCUUACACCCCUCAGGAACUUUCUGGAAGGAGACUGGAGGACCAUUUCAAAAGAACGGCGUCUUUUGGAGAAUCUGCGCCUGGAUCUGGACGCCUGCAAAACACGUCUGAAGAAGGCAAAGUUAGCUGAGGCUAAAGCUGCGUGCGAGGGCGAAAUGGCUCCAGAUUUUCAGGAGACCAGACCCCGCAACUAUGUGCUUUCUGCCAGUGCCUCUGCGCUCUGGACAGAGGAAGUAGAGAAAGCUGAACAUGAGCUCCGAGUGGCCCAAACUGAGUUUGAUCGCCAAGCAGAGGUUACACGGCUGCUUUUGGAGGGCAUCAGUAGUACACAUGUCAAUCACUUACGCUGCCUGAAUGAGUUUGUGGAGGCCCAAGCUGCCUAUUAUAAGCAGUGUCAUUUCCACAUGCAAGAACUACAGAAAGAAUUGGGAAGGCUUCCCAAUGCUUUUGCACUGAACUCCACUCACGCUAUGGCUACUCCCGGCCCUGCUUCAGAAGGCAUCACCAGCCCUGUGGAGACAGAUACACUGAAGAUUGAAGAAGUUCAGGCACCAGCUACUGGAACCCGCAAGGCCAAAGUCCUUUACGAUUACGAUGCUGCAGACUCCAGUGAGCUCUCCCUGCUAGCUGAUGAGCUUAUUACAGUUUACACAGUGCCAGGAAUGGACUCUGACUGGCUGAUUGGAGAGAGAGGAAACCAGAAAGGAAAAGUGCCUGUCACGUACCUGGAGCUUCUCAGUUAGAGAACACACGUGCGUGCAUGUGCAUGUGUGUGAGCGGGCACAACCGAAGCCACGAAGAUUUUUCCCAAGCUUACACUAACCUUUACCCUCAGUAACACUCCUCCACAAUACGCAUUAGUAAAACUGUUGAGUUGAACACACACAAGCAAGAAUAUUCAUACACUGUGAAUAGCAGUGAAAAUGAGAACAGCUGUUACAGUGAGUGCGGGAAAUUCCCCAUACUGGAGGGUUAGCAUUCCUUUUCGGAUAGCUUUGUGAGUCAUUAUUAUGAUGUUUUGUUUUGUUUUUUCUGUAUUUAUUGUUGUGCAUCCCAAAGGUUUUAUGGACAUGUCCAUACUUGGAUAACACGUACUCAGAGGGUCUAUCCAAGUUAGGUCCAUUUGAUUUUUAAGUGUCUUUGUUGUUUUACAGCCAGCUUUGUUCAUAGUUUCAUUGCUUGACUGAUGGAGAUUCAAGAAUUCUAAAAGUGUAAGAAAAUAAAUGAUGUGUUUCUUUCAUGCUGCAUUAUGGUUCAAAGUAUAAGCGCGCACUGAUCUCUGUCUAAAUGAAGAAAUGUAGGAUUGGUGCAGAUAAAACCAACAUGCAAUUACAUGUCCUUGAUUCUCUUUGUUGAAGUGGUGAUGUUAAGUCCCUCCAAAAGAAGCCAAAAACAUAUUUGGCUUCUUUUUUUUGAGUUGAUGUGUCGAUUUCCAGCUGUUACCAGGUGUUGAUGGGAAGGAAAGACAUUCAUGGCACUUUAUGGUUCAUUUUAAAUUCACAUAGAAAUAGAAAAGAUGUGACUGCUUUCUAGUUUUAGUGCUGAUGUCCAUUUGGUUCUUCCACUUUUUUCCAUUAAGACACAGAAUUGCUUUUAUCCUUUUUUUUUUUAAUGAAGCCAUUAAAUAUGACAAACAUUCGAUUACACUGGAGAACUAUAAAGACAGUAAAAAAAAAAAAAAGUUCCUCAUUGAUGUUUUUUCUCAUUAACUCUUGGAUAGAAGGUUUGCCUUAACUGCUAAUUGGAAUGAAUGUAACACCUGUCUUAUUUUAGGUAGCAAUAAUGUUGUGGACAGUGGAAAGGAACUUUACUGGAAAUAGUUUUGCUCGAUUCAUUUUUGUUAUAAUUCAGUUUUUUUCCCCUACCAAACCUUUUCACACCUUGGCUUUAAACAAUAUGAACACAUAUGAAGUAAAUAAACAUGAACACUCUCAUCCUAACUGCCUUAAGAUGAUGAGGGGGAACUGCUAAGACCAUCUGCUGCGAGCCACAGAAUGUGCUCCUCACCACCCAAACGUCCACACAUGUAAUGUUCACCUCAGCCGGCAUGCAAGACUGUAACUCCAAUUACAUUUGUGUGGUUUGCCUUUUAAUGUGUGUGUGUUUUUUUUCUUAUUAUUUACAAUGUCUCUGUUUGUUAUACCUAUGAAGUGUCUUCAGUCUUAGUGCUGCAUGUGUGACAGCUAGUAGCUUGUCCUGCUCAACAUGUACAUGUGUGUAUUGUGUAGCUAAGCCUGUUUGUGUGAGAUCUGAACAUGUUUGCACAAAAACUAAUCUGCUCUCUCACAUCCACUAUGUGUACAUGCAUGCACUGUCUUUUUUUUGUUAUCCAGCCAGCUGUUUUGUGAAAUGAGCAUAAUCUUUUAAUUUGCAGGACAUGUGGCAGACGGACGACAAUAGUGUCUUCUUCCCUUGAUCUCAUUCCACAAAUUUGAGAUUUUUUUCUUUUAAAAAAACUUUCUUUUUUUUUUUUACAACUGUUGUGAUUCUGUUGUACCUCAUCUUGUAUUAUAAUUAUUUUGUCUGAAUAUGCUAUUGCCUGUUCCCUGCUGAAUGAAUGAAAUGUAUGAGAUUUAAUAAUAAAAAAAGUCUGAGUCAUUUGAA